CCCAUAGAAAGGUAACGGAUUGAAUAAGGUGAGGUCGCGCAGGCGCACAGGCUCUCUAAAUUGACAGGAGGAUGCUGAGCUGCAUUCCCAUCAUUCUGUGAGGAGAGGAGGAUCCCCCUGCGCACCCACAACGAAGGAGACACCGAGCGAUAAGAACAUAUAAAAAUAAUCCAAGUUGAGCUCUUUAUCUGCCACCAUGUCAGCUGGAGGAGAUUUGGGGAACCCCCUGAGGAAAUUUAAACUCGUAUUUUUGGGAGAGCAGAGCGUGGGGAAAACAUCUCUCAUCACUAGAUUCAUGUAUGACAGUUUCGACAACACAUAUCAGGCAACCAUUGGAAUAGACUUUCUAUCAAAGACAAUGUACCUGGAAGACCGAACAGUAGGAUGCAUUGUAAGGCUGCAGCUGUGGGAUACUGCUGGACAGGAGCGUUUCAGGAGUCUUAUCCCCAGCUACAUUCGAGACUCCACAGUGGCUGUGGUCGUCUAUGACAUUACAAAUGUGAACUCAUUCCAGCAGACCUGCAAAUGGAUUGAUGAUGUCAGGACAGAGCGAGGAAGUGAUGUAAUUAUCAUGUUAGUCGGCAACAAAACAGAUCUGGAAGAGAAGAGGCAAAUCAUGAUUGAGGAAGGAGAGCAAAGAGCCAAAGAGCUGAACGUCAUGUUCAUCGAGACCAGUGCCAAGACAGGCUGCAAUGUCAAACAGCUGUUUCGUCGGGUUGCAGCAGCCCUACCUGGCAUGGAAAGCUUGGACGAUGCAAAUCCUGAAGGCAUGAUCGACAUUAAGCUGGACAAACCGGCAGAGCCUACUGUCCCCGAGGGCGGGUGCUCAUGUUAAUGCAGAGCUGAAGUCGGACAGCUCCUUUCACACCAUAGGCUUGUUGUGUUGCUUACUACUGGUUAGCUUCCAGUUGACUUCUCUAAUUGGAUAUAGGAUGCGGGCCUUGUAUCUGAUUGGACAAAUCAAAUGUUAUCUUUCAGUCUUGUUCAGUUGUAAAAUAUUGUAUACUUUGUCAAUAUGUAAGUGACUGGAGGAGAAAAGGGAAAAAAAACAACAACCAAAUGUUGAAAUGAAAACGAACAAAAAACAGUUUUGGAAAAAUGAAACAGGAGAAAAAAACGGGACAACCAACGGAAUUCUUUUCGCUGUUAUGUUUUGUAUUUUUUAUAUAUAAAAAGGGAAAGCACCAAAAAUGAUGCCUAAACAUAGAGGGAGAAAUAAUCUGGGGGUCGGCCAUUUUUCUAGAUGGCUGAACACGUUUGAAUGUCUGCAGCACGCAUGCACGUUGAUCUGAUCUUUGACCUUUGACCUUUGGCCUGCCCUCCAGGGUCUCUGCACUCUGGAAGGAGGUUGACUAUCUUAGAAUGUUUUAUAGCAUCUCUCUAUAGCAUCUCAUGACAAAAUGUAUCUCAUUUGAUAUUGCCACAAGAGUCAACUUCCAGUAGGUUCACCUAACAGUAGCUGUGACAAUGUGACACUCUAUCUCUCUAUAGGUUUAACUUUUAUAAAACAAACUGUACUGUGGUUUAAAAAAAAAAAGAAGUAAUAAAAAGACAACUUACUAUCACAACUCACCCUAACCCUUCAACCACUCCUCUCCUUCUCCUCCUUUCCUCAAACCCCUCUCUCCUUCUCCUUCCCCAUCCCUUCAUCCCGGUAAUACACAUAUAACGAUCCACUGUAAUGCACUGCACUGUAUAUAAUAAUGUAAUAUGUAUGUUGUGAACGUCCCUCUGUAGAAGUGGUCCUUGUUCACCAGUAUGAAUAAUGUUAUAAUGUUUAAUGAUAAAUAAAUUACAGAUUAAAGGGCUUCACUCUCCUAACCAUUAACAUUUA